AUGUCUACGAGAGAUGUAUCUCACCAAACUGACAUUGCUAAGAUGAAGACAGAGGCCGAUGGAUCCUUCAAAAGAUUGGAUGCCUCAUUCAGGAACUCUAUAGAGAAUGGAAGCCAGUUUGAACCAGAGAAAGAUCGAUACCAUCUAUACGUUUCCUAUGCUUGUCCUUGGGCCACCAGAACUCUCAUCGUACGCAAGCUCAAAGGCCUAGAGGACUUCGUUUCUGUCUCCGUGGUAUCACCGCGCAUGGGCGCAAACGGCUGGCCUUUUGCUUCCGUAGAUCCAUUUCCAGGAGCUGAUGUGGAUCCGCUGUACGACUCCCAACACGUCAAGGACCUCUAUCUUUCCGUCGCGCCUGAUUACAGCGGAAGGUUCACCGUGCCGGUUCUUUGGGACAAGAAGGACAAAACUAUCGUGAAUAAUGAAAGCUCGGAAAUCAUUCGCAUAUUCAACACUGCUUUCAAUCAUCUGCUACCAGAAAAGUUUGCACAGGUCGAUCUCUACCCAGCAUCUCUCAAAGCUAAGAUUGACGAGUUGAAUGAAUGGAUCUAUCCGAAUAUCAAUAACGGUGUCUACCGCGCGGGUUUUGCGACUAGUCAAGAUGCGUACUCAACCGCCGUCAAAGAGGUUUUUGAAGCACUAGACAAAGUUGAAGCAAUUCUGGCUGGAGAUAAGAAAUAUAUUGUUGGAGAUCAGCUUACAGAAUGCGAUGUGAGGCUUUGGGUAACCAUAAUUCGUUUCGACCCGGUCUAUGUUGGUCACUUCAAAUGUAACAUACGAGACAUUCGUAAUGGAUAUCCCUCCAUCAAUAAGUGGAUGAAGAACUUGUAUUGGAACAAUGCCGCGUUCAAGGACUGCACUAAUUUUGAACAUAUUAAGACCCAUUAUUACUGGUCACAUCCUUCGAUCAAUCCUACAAGGAUCGUUCCUGUGGGACCUAUCACAGUGAUCCAACCUCUUUGA